AUGAUAACAACUGAAGCUUCAAAAUGGCUGGAUAAAAAUUAUCCUAAGAAUGGGGUUUGUAUGCACAAAGGGGGAAAUUUUGGUAAAAGAAGGAGAGAAAUUACACACUUAGACAUUUCGUGUCAUAAUCGUUAUGGGUUAUAUAAAUUAAAAGGCAAAAUAGACUUAGAAGAUUUUGUAAAUUUAGUCGAAUUACGGUGCACUAAUAAUAAGUUAAAUGACUUAAUGAUUGAUAAUUUAAUUAAGUUGAAAAUAAUUAAUUGUUCUGGUAAUGAAUUUGGCCGUUUAGAUUUCGAGGAUUUUCCUGAACUUGAAGAAAUUGAUUGCACUAAUAAUGAAGAAUUGACUCGUUUGACACUAAAAAAUUGUCCUAAUAUUGAAGUAGUAAAAUGUCCUGUUAAUAGAUUAACUUUAAAAAUAACUGGUUGCUAUAGCCUCAAUGUUGAACAAUAUUCAGAUGGGAAAAUAAUAACCGAAUUAGAAGAAUUGCCGGUUAUAAGUAAAAAAGACAUACUAAUAAUUGGUCGUACCGGUAGUGGAAAGUCUACUUUGGCUAAUGUUUUAUUCAAUAAAAAUGAUAAAUUUGAAGAAGUAUUUAGAGAAGAUUAUAUUUCAGAAAGUGUAACUACCCAAUUGCAAGUGGAAGAAACAAAAAUAAAUGGAAUGAAUUAUCGGAUUAUUGAUACAGUAGGCUUCGGAGAUACUGGCACUGUAACUGGAGAUAAAGCGGUGUUGGAAGCAGUAAAAACUACGUAUGCAGUUAAAGAGGGAAUAAACCAAAUUUUAUUUGUUGUUGGUAGGAGGAGUGACAUCGAUGAAAAUGCAAUAAGGUUUUAUAACUCAUUAAAAAAAGAAAUUUUUGGUGAAAAUAUUUUUAAAUACACAACGAUUGUUCGCACUAAUUUCGAACCUUUUGCUGAUAAAAAAAGACGUGAUGAAGAUAUCAAGGCUUUAAAGAAAAACAAAUUAAUUUCUGAAUUGGCAAAUUCAUGCAAUGGGAUUAUUCAUGUAAAUAAUCCAUCUUUAAAAGUUCGGUUAGGCAAUAUAACUGAGCAUCGCAAAUUUCGGGCAGAAUCACGUAGGGUAUUAGAAAAUCAUUUAUCUGCUUGCAAAAAUGUUUAUCGGCCUAGUAAAUUAAAAGAGGUAGUCUGUAAACUUGAUCGAGAGUUAGAUAUUAGAGGAAUUGAUUUUAACAAGCAAUUAAUUGGAUCUAAUUUCUCAGUAAGGUUAGAGGAUAUAGUGGAAAUAGCAGACACUUGUAUGCCAAUUGUUACUGCACUAAUGCAGGCAGCAUUAGCUCACUCUUGCCAAAUAACCUAA